AUGCUAGACGAGAAUCUUCCUACUUUCUUCCUCAAGACCACCGACAAAGGGAGCAAGCACCUAGAAUCCUUGCUCUUCACUCAGAAUGGCUCCGAGCCUGAAGCCCACUAUGCGCUCAGCCAUGUCGACCCCGCUGCCAACGCAGCGAAGAACACCUACGCGGUCGCCCUCUUCGACUCCCACAAUCCCGAGGUCCUCUAUGGCGAGGUGAUGGCAAAGCCGGGCUGGUCGCACCCGUCGCUGUCACAAGAUGAAAUACGCAAGAAUGGCGGGGUUCCGCCACCUCCCGAGCCGAUCUACCCCGACCAAUUCGCGAUUCAGCUGUACAACCCCGAUACACAGAUCAUCGUGAAGGAGCAGAAGUCAAAGUGGAGUGGAACGCAGAGCUGGGAGUUCAGCAUACCCCAAGUCACAUUUCGCACGCCGAGCGCCUCGACCCUCGAUCGCACUCAGAACGACCCCGCAGCUGACGCGACAACCCCACGGGUGAACUUCGUUUGGCGGAAGGAGGGCAGAUAUGGCAAGGACAUGACAUGCUACCUGACGGGCAAGUCGACAGACCUGUUGGGCAAGAAGGCCAAGAAGAGCAAAGAGCCCGACAUUGCUGUGGCCCUGUUCACAAUGCUAAAGGAGAUGACGAUCAUGGAGCCGAACCUCUACCGCAUCGAGAUCGAAGACUACAAAGGGUUAGAGGUGGUGCUACUGCUCAGUGCCGCUGUCAUCAGGGACCUGUUCAUAAAUAACCAGCGGGAAGCCUUCCACAUCGUCGACCCAAUUGGACGCAAGAACAGUGGCGGCAUUCUGACACGCAAGGCAUCCUCGCCACUCGUAGGGCCUGGCGUCACGCAGCCCAUGAUGACGCCGCAGCCUCCUCCGCCACCGCCAUACACCGGCCCUUCAGAGUACCCUCCCGAAAAAGUGGCGCAGGCGUCUGCCACCAGUAAUCAGCCUGUUGCGGCGCCUGUCACACCAGCGCCAGCCAGCUUCACCAAUCGUUCGGCGCAACGAGCUUCCCUGCCUCCUUUACAAACACAGACCUACAACCAGCAAUCGCCUCCUCGACACGAGCAGCACCGACCUACACAGCCUCACCAGCCCGCUACACGACCCCAGCAAAAUUUACGACCCCAGCGAACCCAACAGAACCUUGCACAGUCGCAACGUCCGCACCAGAGGACCUCGCAGCGGCCGCAGCAGCCAACGCAAGUCCCGCCGCCGCAGCCUCCGCGACUCGACCCACGCUCACAAUGGGAGAUUGAUGCAGAGACUGCUCGUCUAAAAGCUGCCGUGGAGGCUGAAGCACGCGAGCAGAAGAAGCAGGACGAAGCAGCUCGGAAGGCCCGCCGCAGAGUUGAGGCCGAGGAAGAGCGGAAAACAAUGCUAUUCCUCGAAAACGAACGCAAGGCCAAGGAGAGGGAAGAGAAGGAGCGCCGACGGAAGCAGGCUGAAGUUGACAAGGAGACCGAACGCCUGCGCAAGCAGUUUGGCGAUCAAUCAAAUAUGCUUGGCUCACAACGUCCUGCGCAGCCUCAACGUCCUGCACAACCUCAGAGACACUCCACCCCACGACAGCUUCUUCAGCAACGGGCUACCAAAGACGCAGUCUGGGCAGGCUCCCAUGAAGGCCAAGAAGAGUUUCUGGGGAUUGAGGUCCAACAGCGAGACCAACGCAGAGAAGCUGAAGAAAAAGAAGAGUUUACCUUGAAGCAUCUUUUGAAUCCCGAUGAACGUGUAUCGCUUCCGUUUUCUCACCGGACAGCGCCUGCCGCAUGCGUUUGCCAAGCUAGAAAUGUGCUCAAAAGUGAGCACGUUUCUAGGAUCUUCAUCGCGCAGUCAACUUUACUCAAGCAUUGGAGCAAUCUCAGACUAUUCAAAAUGCUCUCUAACACACUUCUUGCUCUCACUGCUCUUGCGGGUAGCGCAACCGCACAUUUCAGGCUUCUCGAGCCUACGUGGCGCGGUAGCUCUUUCGAGGAGCCAGCCAGCCAGUGGAUCUUCCCUUGCGGCAAUGUCAACGAAACCACCGACGUCGCCAACCGCACUCAGUGGCCCACAACUGGUGGUUCCGUCAGCAUUAACGGAUCGCACGCCUCUGCCUUGACCUACAUCAACCUCGGCCUCGGCACCAACGUGACCAACUUCAACAUCACGCUCGUCGACAACCUGAACCAAACCGGUGUCGGCCUCUUCUGCCUCAAGAACGGCGGCCGCUCCCACCUCGAGGAGGGCCUGAAGGCCGCAGGCUACAGCGGCUUCGAGGACGAGAGGCUCAACGGCCUGGAAGCCACCGUGCAGGUCAUCCAGCUCGGCCACUCCGGCAGCGCGCUUUACAACUGUGCGGAUGUCGUCUUCAACUCCACCGCCGAGCUGCUGUCCGACGACCAGUGCGUAAACGGCACCGGCGUCAGCGCGGAGCGCAUCGGCAACCUUGGGCAGACUUCGACCAGCAACGGCACCGCGGCAUCAUCCACCCCGGCUGCGGGCGCGGGGAGCAUGUUGACACCCAUGGCGGGUACUGGACUGCUCACUGGGCUUUUGGUUUGGGGCCUGUUGUAG